AUGAUUUGCCUCAAAGCCUUCUCAUCCCCUCUCAACCUCCCGACCCUCCGCCGCCUCACCCCCACCUCCUCCCUCCGCGUCGCCGCCGCCGCCAUGUCGUCCUCCUCCGCAGUCGCCACCCCAAUCGAGCACUUCGUGCUCUUCAAGGCCCGCCCGGAGGCGGUGGCCUCAGGCGCCACGGCAGCGAUGAUCUCCUCGCUGCAGGCGCUCGCCACGGCCGUCCCGGGCCUGGCCUACAUCCACGCGGGGCCGGUGCUCCGCCUCCGGUCCCCGGCCGCGGAGGCGCUGGGCCCCACGCACCUCCUCCAUAGCCGCUACGCCACCAAGGAGGACCUGGCGUCCUACGCGACGCACCCGGCGCACGUGGCCGCCGUGCAGGGCCACGCCCUCCCCAACGUGCUCGACACCACCGCCGUCGACUGGGUCAACGCCGCGCCGCUCCCGUCCCCCGCGGCCCCCGGCAGCGCCGUGCGCCUCACGCUGGCGAAGGCGAAGGAAGGCGUGGAGGUCGCGCAGCUCGUGGAGAAGGUGGCCGCCGCGACCAAGGCCGCCGGGGACGCCAAGGGCGCUAAGGUGAGCUUCGGGGAGAACUUCUCCCCCGCGCGGGCCAAGGGGUACCAGUUCGGGAUGGUGGCGGUGUUCGACAGCGUGGAGGAGCUGGACGCCGUGGAGGGGGACGGCAAGGUCGAGGAGGCCAAGGCCGCGGUCAGGCCGCUGUUGGACGAGGUGAUGGUCCUGGACUUCGUCGUCGGAGAUGCUCCAACGCCUGCGAGCCUCUGA